UGGAUCGAGAUACUCGCAUGGACGGCGGUAUGCUGACAUAUUGCACUUUGUCAGGCGUGGCCAAGGAUAUUUCUGCCGUGCCAGCGACACCUCUGUGAGUGAAAAGGAAGGCGUUUCCACCUCUCGCCGCAGUCGGCGAAAAAGGGCGGUGGCCUCGUACGAAAUGUUUUUCUUACAAUCCGAUGGCAAGGCGAGAGGCACACACAAAAGCAAGCAAGAUAAAGAAUUUCAUAUUCCACCUAGCAGAGUAAGAGGACGAAAUCCAAGGAGUCGAAAAGCAACGGCAGAACAGAUGGAAGACCGAGCAGUAGAUUCUUGCUCUGAAGAAGGCAUAUCUUGCAGCGAAAAUGGAUGGCUGCCGUCCUAUAACGGUGUCGUUCAUUCAUCUACACACAGCUCGAAACGAAAAAUUGAUAGCCUAGUAACGGAUGUGAAUGUGUACAUCGAUAUCACUAAAAAGCCGAAAACGGAAGAACGAAUACCAACACGCUCAGCGGAAGGGGAUAAUUCUAUGACGAACGAAAAGGAAGACGUAUCAUCUGCACCGCAGUCGUACGGACCAUCUAUCGAACCACAUAACCCGUCGUCGUAUCAAAUCAAUGGAGACGAACCAAGCGCCGACCUAUCUAUACCACAGACAGCACAUUCAAACCCGUUGCCAUCUACGACGAUAACAGAUAAGAGUGAAACUGGUGUCAUGGACGUAGAUUCCUUUACCCCAAACGAUUCUGAAGUGUUAUCAACGAAUGGCGACAUAUGUGCUGAUAUGAACGGAUCCGUUAGACGUGUCUCUAGCACUGCUGACGAUUUUCAUACCGACCUAUUCGAUGAUGUAUCAGAGGUUUCCUCGGUGGCGAGUGAGAAUUUUGAAGACACCAUCGACGAAAAGGCAAGCAUCAAAUUUAUGACCUUAUUCCGUGACGGCAAACUACUUGAUAUCGGCAUUGACGCAUCUCGAUUGACGUGCAUUGUUUGUGGCAACAUGUUAUCAUUACGGAAAAAGAUCAGUAAACGGUGUUGUCGUUGUGAAAGACAUUAUACCAUCUAUGGAUUGGAAUGGCCUACCCGACGACAGAGACAACGUCGACCGCCAACUCAAACCAUAGAAACACCGGCGUCCGCAGAAACCACGAUCGAACUGGAGAAAGAGGAAAGCCAAACUUUGGAACCGGAAAAGGAGCGACCAGAAUUGCGGCGUAAAAAGCCGACCUCUGAGAAACGUAGAAGAUCACCAAAGAAACCAUUUCACCAAGAAAAGGCUGUAUCCGUUGUUAUCUCAGAUAACAUCGAUCAACCUGCCACGGAUGCAUGCAAUGAACAAACUUGUCACGACAUGCCGGACGCAAAGCCGAUUGCCGCAGCCACUACAUCCAACGAAGAAUCUGAUCCCGACAUUGAUGCUCAACAACCCAUGAAUCCUGGAUCAACCGACGGAGAUUAUUACCCUUUCAUGUCAAACGGAACGUUAUGCGAUUGCUGUAUGGUUAUCCGAUCAGAGGAAGCUGGAUCAAGCAUAAAAGCAUCGGCUCUCUUGCAUCCAGACUGUAUCGAGUGCCAGCUCAUGGCACAAAUGUAUUCUGAAGACAACGCAAACGAGUCGCUAUGCCCUCCUCAAGAUUCUCCGCUUGACCCAGAAAACGAGCGCCAUAGACCAACGGCGUUGCAGGGCGAUGAUAAGUACGACAGAGCGGAGACAUUGGAUAAGCCAUCAACACCACCGGGAAACCCAGGCGAAGGUACUGGAGACUUUGCACAAUUUUCGCAAGUGGUGGAUCAGCAAGUAGAUACAGAGCGUGCCGAUCUUAAUCACCAGCCAAAGCAACCGAAAAAGGCCACUACGAAACGAAGGACCUCGAAACCGAAGUUGGCGAAUGGAACGGUGAAAGGAAAAGCGGCGAAAACAAAAGCGCAGGAAAAAUCAUCCGAUGGUCAACCAUUGGAGAACGUUGAGGAGCAAAAUGCCGGCAGCACAGUUGCAGUGAGAAAAGGUAAAGGCGCGGUUAAAAAGGGAAAAGGGCGUUCAGCAAAACCGAAACCAUCACUGCCAGUGGGCCCUACAUCAAUGUAUUCUCUUUUGGAAUCCAAUCCAUUCUACGGUCCACCGCCACAGUCCUCUUCUUCUGCAGAACUAUCCAUCGAAGAGAGAAUGGCGAACUGUUCUUUGGAAGAUAAUGACUCACCGUCGCUUUAUCCUGGCACCGAUGCGAAUUCUUGCCAACCGCAUAGUCCAUCGCAUCUUCAGCUUGCCGGCCAUUCGCCAUUCACGCCAGAUCAAACAGUAAUCACGGACAAUGCCAGACUUGUCGGAUCUGUAAAUGAGGAACUAUGUUCUUUUUCAGAGCCGUCAACUAACAACUUGCCUUCCCGACAACCGAAAUCUGCUGGCAGAAAAAAGAAACCUCGAACGCCAAAGUCAAAAGGUAUUGGCCCGAAAGCUGUCGGAGACGCUUCGCUUGAGCCUAUGGCAUCCCUCACGGUACCAACGAACAGUGAUCUCGCGCCCACAUCAGUACAGACGGUGAACCCUUCUCUGCCUGCAGAUACGAUGAGUGAAAUGCUGUAUACGAUGGAAGCUGCUCCUGGCGUGCGCGAAGAUGCUAUGGUCAAUUGUGGAGACGUAAGCUCAGUCAUCAAUGGUGAAUCAUCAAAACAACCGGGUUCAUCAAAGAAAAAAGGAAAAGCGGUUGUUCGCAAAAUUGCCAAGCCCAAGCUAGCCAAAGCUUCACGUGUUAGACAGAAGAAGAACGCAUCACAAGACACACAGACCAUCACCUCAUCAUCACUUGAGCCUGAAAAUGGAUUGCAUGGUGAACAAGAUCUUCUGCAAAAAUCGACAACAGGAACAUUACAGGUUCCGGUACUUUCAAAAUCGAAAAUUGGUGCGUUGCGCUCCCUGGAAUCAGGGGACGAAGAAUUAUCAUUGGCAAAGGAAUACCUUGCCAAUCUAGCAAAAGUUCAAGAAAAUACUGAUCCAAAACCAGCAUCUUCUGACGCGUCUACUGCUUCAUUUCAAGCUCCAGCUCAAAAUGAUACUAGUGAAAGGACAAACGAGAUAGAGGACCUUUCAAACGCGCCAUCAAUGGAAAUGUCAGAUAAAGUCAUGGAGAUCGACCAAAGCGCGCGAGUUAACGCAUCUGGGAACGAUAGAAUGCAGCCGAAUGCCACUGUAAGCACAGAGGUUUCAGACGGGCUAGUUCAAGCGCAGGGCAAGCAUGACAUUGAAAUUCCUCCAUCCACGAGUCCACCCAAGAGCCGACGCAAACCAGCAACAAAUAAACCACGAAAAAAGCGACAACCUGCGAAAUCUGCGGCUGCUGCUGCUCCUGCUGCUGCAUCAGCAAGCAAGUUAGCCAAUGGAUCCAGCGUACCAUUGGCAAACUGUCAUCCAGCUUUAGUUGAAGAGAAACAUUUGGAGAAACCUGUCAUUGACGGCAGUGAUACCACCGCUGUGAAAUGCAAUGGUGCCCAAUUUCCAAAGUCGAUGGUUCGGUUCGUUGAGGACAAUGCAGAUGUAUCCGAUCUGUCCGCCCUUUUACGUAUGGGUACAGACCCAGAAAUGCUUCUAUACCGACGGAAAGAGCUGCAGAGGAAUGUCGAGGAAAGUAACGCCUAUGCAGGCACUUCACACAACGAGCAAUUGAGGAAAAUGCAGUCUAUCCUUCGUCUAGAAGGGGAUAUCACUUCGUGCUUGGGACAGCCGGUAAAGCCCAACAAACCGGAGGAAGGAGGGUCGCUGAUGUUCGAUUUGAAUACAACCUUUUCAACAAUGCCUGUCAAAGCUGGUAAUUACCGUGGAUCCAUUUUUUGCUGAUUUUAAUAUGUUAAACGGUCCUUGCUAUCUUUAGACGGGAAUUCCAACAUGACAGACAAUCAACCCAUUCCAGAACGAAAUAGUAUACCCUCCCCAACAAGAGAUGACAGUACAAAGUUGCCUACUGUAGGUCUUUCAUCAACUCAUGAUACCUCGUCCACAAACGGUUCAGCAGACGGUCAACAUGCCGAUAUCGUUUUACCGUUUUUCCCCAAUAUGGCAGCAGAAGCUACAGCGACGUCUGUGGGUCUGGAAUCUCCACUAACGACGAUCUCUAAACGCCUGAAAAAGAGAGCCAGUCUUGUUGACAAAAUCCAAAAACUGAAAAAGAAAUCCACUGGCGUCACUGCCUUGGAACUGAAG